AUUUCCUCUGUAUUUUAAUAAUAUCGAUGGAUGCGAAGUACAAUGGAGGAAGACCGCAACGAACGGGAUCACUUAUUUCGGUGCUAUGAGUAGGAUCGAAGGCACAAAAAAAAAAACUAUGGCAGAGUUGGAAGAUGAAAUUCGUCUUUAUACUGGUGGAAUCGACUGUUCCCCUGUGGUGUACGCAAAUCAUUCUGACCUAUCGAAGCACGAUGACGGAAUCAUGAUCGCAGGGCAUUGCCUUGACAGAAACGUAGAUCGCAUGUAUGACAUAACGAAGCAACUUGUUUUGGAAACAAAUUUUGACAACGUAGACAAAUUGAAAACUAUUAUCUAUGGUAAUGCAGCAAGCGUCAUGAACUCAGUUGUUGAGCUUGGUCACAACUACGCAAGGUCCUUUGCCGCUUCGCGAAUUGUGCCUGCAAUG